GCGUGGAGACUUUCCGCUCAGUGCGGUUCAGGUAGAGGAUAGUAGGUGACGUAUUAAGCCGCGUGUCAUGAUGUUUACAUCCUGCUCUUGGCUACGAUUAGCUCAGUCUAUUGAAUGAUUAUCUUCACCGCAAGUGAACAUCUCUGUUCUCGUCUGAAGAUUAUUGACAUUGAUCUCAAAAUGAAGGAGUCGUAGAAGAAGAUGUUUAAUACCUGUAAGUAUGUCUCCCGAGGUGUAAGAAGAGACUUGGAUGUUAUAAUUACAUGCUAGCUGCGUAAUAGACUACGGAAAGUGUGACGUAAAAGUACCCAUUUCGCAAUACUUAGCGGUAAAAUAAGGAUGGUGUGAAUUGUUUAUAUUUGCGAGCGUGAACAUUAUAUUAGAGGCAAACCAGAAAUAACAACCGUUAAGUUAAUUCUAAAUACACGUGUGACUGAAUGUGAAAUACGCUUUACAGAAUGACUUGUUUUUUAACCGUCUUUGGACAUUGAUUUUAAUCUUUCCUGUAAGUUGUGGUGUACUAAUACGAGUUGCUGUUUGUCAUUUUCAUUAUGAACUGGACUGUUGCUUUGGUUUUGCGUUAGUAACAGAAACUUAACCUAAAAAUAUACGUAACUUCCUCAGUUUUCGGUAGGAGUGAAUGAAGUUGGUGCUGAAGGAAACGAAAUUGUAAUACGUCCAAGUGGUUACGUAACUGUGACUCAUAAACAUUAAUAACUGUGUGUUAAGUGCAACAAGAUAUGUGAAGACUGAAUACAUCUGUAACAUAACCCAGCGCUUGAGAGAAGAAUUUAAGUAGUUAAAAGACUACCUAGUGUAUAGAAUGCAUGAAAAGGAAGAAUUGCUCCCCCAGAGACUGUACUUAACAUGAAGAAAAAAGUGUAAAAAGACAUUGACAUGUUAUUAGUACCGACUGUAAGAACGUGAAUGUCUUGAGUCGGUCUUGUUACAGUGUGAUUACAGAGAGUUAACUGUUCCAAAACAUUUAUACAAAGACUGCGAGUUCUGAACUUUUAAGGUUAUGUGUUAAUUCACAUAAAACAAGAGGGAGAGAUAAAACGUGCUUUGUGUGCUGUUUGAUAUUAGAAAAGUUUUAUUGUCUCUGUGACUGGUUACUCUUUUUUCACCGUAUUUAGUUCAUCUAAUUAACUUUUCUACGUGGGUACGGGGGUAGAGAGAGACAGACAGAAAGAAAAGGGAGGAAGACGGAGGAGAUAUAUCUUGCUCUACAGGGACGAAGCGUCGCUACCACCACGUCGGACGAGUCAGGAUGCGAGGCUGACAUGGCCGAGGGAGUCCAGGAAGAGGACAGCGGUGACGUAAUGUUGGCAACAGCCACCACUCCUGCCACUGCCUCUUCUGGGGUAGCCAUCAAACGAGACCCAGAUGCACCGCUUAACCUGAAGUCUGAGGAGAGCUGUGAUUCAAAUUCACCAUCCCCUGAACCAGCUGCUAUGGGGGUGGACAGUACUCCAAUGGCCCUUGACCAUCAUCAUCCCCCUCCACAACAAGAGCAACAACAACAACAACAACAACAGUCUGUGUUCUCAAUUAAUGGGCACAACAGUAACCAGAGCUUACCUGGGACUCCAACACAUAACCAUUCAGCUCCAAACUCACCUGAUCCCAUCUCUGCUAUAGACUCUGCCAAGGCAGCAGUCAGCGCCGCACAUAUCAAUGGGACAAUGGCAGGAAUGGUUACUCUUCAGAACCUCCAGAACCUUGCUACCCUUCAGAGUCUACCUCAGGUUGCUUCUCUGGCUGCAGGCCUGCAGGGGAUGGCUGGUCUUGGUACACAGCUCAUCAAUACACCUCUGAAUCUCAGUGCAAGUGCUUCAGGCUCGCUCCCAACAAGUUGUGCAAGUGGGUCUCCUGCGCAUUCAGUGGGAAAUCUUCUCACAUCAGCAGCAGCACAACCCACAACUGCCUUGCCCCAGCUUCUUGCUGCCCCACAACCAGCUGCCAUGCCCCAGUUCAUUCUGGCUUCUGGUCAAUUAGUGCAAGGUAUCCAGGGAGCUCAACUUCUCAUUCCCACUUCGCAAGGAAUUGCAACACAAACCAUCCUUACAAUUCCAGUCAACCACGUGACUAGUGGGCAGAUGGUGAAUCUUGCGCUAAGCAAUGGACAAGUGGUAACAACCACACUUGCCAACUUGCAAACGUUAGCGCAGCCACAUCACCUCCUAGCCCCAGCAUCGGCAGCCGCUGCUGCAGCAGCAGCUGUUGCUGCCAGUACAGUGCCAUCCCCAGGCCCCACACUGGGACCUGGUAUCAACCUGAAUCAAGCUGCAACAGCCUCCCUACCUCACCUGCUGACAAACGGAAGCACAUCGGCUGUUCAGCAGCACCAACAGCUGCUGUCUGCAAUGCAACAGCCUCAGCUUGUUACUCCACAGUCAUCCUUGGUGGCAGCCACAGCUCAACCCAACUCAGCACCCAGCCACCAGCCAACUCAGAGGCUAUCUCACCACCAACAGCACAACCAUCACUACUCGGUGCCAGAGAAACAUCAUCAGAAUGGUUUGCUGAAUGGAACAGAAUCAUCUCUGAAUGUCAUCAACCGAUUAGCAGCCAGUAAUUCUGAUAUCACAAUCACAUCAACACACGGGUCACCACAGCAGCAACAUCCCAAGUCUUCGUCUUCAUCCUCAUCGUCCACAUCUCUACAGCAUUCCUCAAGUAAUGGGAGUGGUGGGGGAGGAGGCACUCAGCACAGCCGCAGUAGUCCCACUUCAGAUUUCCUGGCUGAUUCCCCAAAUCAGCCAACCAUCAACCAGACCAACAGUAAUGUUGUCGAUGGAAUUAAUCUGGAUGAGAUCAAGGAAUUUGCAAAAGCUUUCAAACUUCGACGACUCUCCCUGGGUUUGACCCAGACACAAGUUGGACAGGCUCUGAGCAUCACAGAGGGACCUGCCUACAGUCAGAGUGCCAUCUGCAGUGCCCUGGCUACUCAGAUGUACUGUGCUGCGCAGCUUGCGUCACAGCAUCAAGCUAUGUUUGAAAAGCUGGAUAUUACACCGAAGAGUGCGCAGAAAAUCAAACCAGUGCUGGAAAUGUGGAUGAAAGAAGCUGAGGAGAGCUGGUUGUGUUUCAGAUAUAAGAGUGGACAGAAUCAUCUCACUGAAUUCAUUGGUGUUGAGCCAUCCAAGAAGAGAAAACGCAGGACAUCGUUCACACCUCAGGCACUGGAACUGCUGAAUGCACACUUUGAACGGAACACGCAUCCCUCAGGUACAGAAAUCACAGCUCUGGCACACCAGCUUGGCUAUGAGAGAGAGGUGAUAAGAAUAUGGUUCUGCAACAAGAGACAGGCUCUCAAGAACACUGUCCGCAUGAUGUCCAAAGGUGUAGCCUAGUGUACAAAGAACUGAUAGUAUGAAAGAGUCCAGAACAUGGCAUAUCUUUAUGAGCAAAUUUUUCCAGAGGUAAGAUGAGUACUACAAUUAGUCUGAAGCAGUUAUCAUCUGUGACACUGUAUGAUGUAACUCUUAGGACAGAAGGGAAAUUUAUUUCAUGUCACGGUUCAUUGCACAGAGGUAGCUGCAGACUGGAAUUUCUCCGAAUGGUAGACAAAUUAAUAACAUUUUAAGAAUGAAGAUAGGAGUGGCUGUAGCAUUUGAAAGACGAGUGAGAAUCCAAGGAAAUAGGUAUGGAAUAAAACUCAUUCAUUCCCCAAGUAAGGCUAAUAAAAUUCUGCUCUAGAAUAAAGGUACAUCUUCAAAUAAACAUAAAUUUAUCCUUGUAUUUAAUCAUUGUGCUAUGAAGAUGAAGAAUUUUAAUGGCUAUAAGAAUUUAUCCAUUAUUAACUUCAUCAGUUUACCUCCAAUGAUAUGAGCUGUUAUCCACUGAAUAGGAGGCUGGGUAGGCCUCUGAACUCGUCUGAAUGUUCUGGCAAAGAAAAGAAUCUCUUUCUCCACUGAGAAUCAAGUUCUGACUGACUCUCUGUAACCUCUCACAUUACUACCUGAGAUAUCCUGAUUGGUUUGAAAUUGCACAAAAGAAUACAGUCAAAUCCCCAUUGUGUGCUUGUUGAUUAAGGUUUUCUCCCUUUAAUAUUCAGUUACAGUGAUUCCAAAUGAAGAUGCUCCAUGUUAGGUAUCCUCCAUUUAAGAUUAUCCCAGCAUGCUGUACAAAUUGACAGCUUCCCAAAGAAACCAUAAAAUUGAGGUUUGUGUGCUGAGAGAAAAUAACUGUAUAAAGGCAAAAUCAUUAUUCUUAAUGCAACUUUUCCGGUAUCUCUGUUAGAGAACUAAAUCAGUGGUUCUCAGACUGAUACUAUGUAGUACCCCUAGGCAUACCGAAGCAGCUUGGCAAGGGUGCCGCAGGUCUCCACUCUUACUUUUCAGCAUAUCCGUUGAAAAUUGUUAUCUGUGUGUAUUAUUUUUAUUUUGAUUCACUGUAGAAUAAUCUUGUACAUGUGACAGAUGUGAAGGUGACAAUUGCUUAUUCAUUUUCUCACAGUUUUAGUGACGAGACACAAGGUUUUUUAUUGAUGACUGGAUUUAUUUGACUCUUAUAACUCGUGAUUAUAAUUCAUCUUAGCUCUGUGACAAAUUCACACACAUUCUUUAUAGUUCAGUGUGGCAUGAGCUAAGUCUUCUAUGUCUUCAUUAGGUGUUGCUAUGCAACGGCUCCUAACAAUUGGGACUCCUCUGCCUCCAUGACGAUGCCUACACCAGGAGGCAUCUGCCUCACAAAUUCAGACUCAGGCUGAUCUGUCUUCCUCAGAACUAACUAACUAUUGGUUUUGGUUCCCAGUAUAUAGACUUGGGGCACACUGCUUCCCACAGUUCUUCUGUUGUUGUAUGUGUAUUCAUUGCUGCAGAAAUGUGUUUAUCAAGCCUUUCCCUAUCAACAGCCGUCUCUUCUGGCUCCACUAUUUUGCCUUUCAAUCAUCAUGUCUCAAUAUUAUGAGAACAUUGAAAAUUGGGUUAUAUAUUGUAACAAUUAUUUUAGGUUUUUGGGUUGAGGCAGAUAAAUAUUCCUUUAAGUAUUUCGAGUGGUUCCAAGCAUAAGAAAUGUGAACACUGAUGUUCUAAACACUCUAGAGGUUAUUUUUUACUCUUUGAAGAAGCUGAGAUAUUAGAUUUACGGAGUUGUGUUUAAUGUUUUUCACAGUCUGCCAUUAUUUGAAGAGUUUGCAUUCAGUGCCACAGAUGCACUUACACUUUUGAGGCACCUUAUCUAGAAGCUUGCCAAUUGUAGAUUCUAAAGCAUUGUGAUGAUGGUAUAUAUUUAGGAUUACUGAGUUUUUGGUCUUUGUCUAUGAUGCAGUAUUCUCAGGAACAUGACGUUUCAGAAGCUGGAUCAGUUUUUAUCCUCAGGUGAGGGGGCAGGAGACACGUACUCUGUUGGGUCCCUUAGAAGAAGCUAUAGUCCAGUGUCUGGGGUUAACUCUUUCUAAGGGACCAAAAAGAGUAGAUGUCUCCCACCCCUUCACCUGAGGAUGGAAACAUAUCCAGCUUCUGAAACGUCAUUGUCUUUAGAAUAGCAGACAAUUUCCUGUUAUCAUGCAAUUUGGCAUUACUUCUUGAAACAGGAUGUUAUCAAAAAAGUGUAGUUUAUUUUAAUGGUGAUAAAAUUCAUCACAGCACAAUUAAAAGGUCACAUCAUAUCACGUUACCAACGGAAUAAGCUGAAUAUGGAUUAAGAAAGGCAACUUUUGAAUAAGAAGAUAGUUUGAAUUUAAGAAAUGGAUUUAAUUGUUUACCCUGGUAUACAACAGUAUCUGUUGUCAGUCAUACAGAGAAUCUGUUUUCAUUAUCCUGGGUAAGUUUAACUCAAUUUCAAAUGAAUACAACCUUUCCUGUUGCCAUGUAACAGUUCUACCAGUUGAUAAAAAAGACAGUGUAGUGUUGGGAUACAGACAAGAAGUAUAUUUUUUGAUUAAAGACUUGUCAUAAUGUGCAGUGUCAUUUGCACCAAUAUGUUAUACAUUGUAUGUAGCCAAAGAAGUUGAAGUCACAAUUUUGUCACUGAGGCAGAUUUUCCACACUAAUCUCAGCUGUUUAAGUGACAAAACUCUAUUUUGGGAGUAUAAUAGAUACUCUCACAAUGAAACCAAAGUUCCUAUUUGAAUUUUUAUAAGUAAAAUAAAAUAAAUGUAAUUAUUAAGAGUAUCUCUAAGAGUAAAUAUAUAUUUCAUAAGCAGGUCAUAAUUUUCUGCAAUAGGAAAUGUAGAAUAUAGUGGAUGUAUGUAAAAUAUCAAAUUUUAAGUUAAGAAAUAUAUGUGUACCAGUAAAUUAAUGUGUUUAGAAAAAUUAUAUGUCCAGAAAAUAAAGACUGUAUAGCAGUAUUUACGGAAAUGAACUUCUGAAUGUUGGAUGACUGAGA